CCACCUUUUACGCCAUCAUCGCCAUCUAUCAGUGACACUGUAAGUUAUAAGCCAAACAACGUUCAGCACGUGAAUUAUUGCCCCAGCUGAUUAGUGUUUAUAAAAAUCAACUAAACUUCAUUAAUCAUGACGAUUAGCGAGCUUUUUUCUGGCUUGUCAGACAACCCUUAUUUCGGAGCCGGCUUUGGACUCUUUGGUCUUGGUGCAGGUGCGGCCCUUUUAAGAAGGGCGGCUCAGGGUGCUACUGUAUUGUUUCGGAGACACUACAUGAUAACCUUAGAGGUUCCCUGCCGUGACAAAAGUUACCAGUGGCUGCUGCAAUGGAUAACCCACAAAGGAGCACGGAAAACGCAGCACUUGAGCGUAGAGACUAGUUUUGAGCAGAAAGAAAGCGGUCACAUUAAAACUACAUACGAUUUCAUCCCAAGUAUAGGAAGACAUUUGUUUAGAUACAAAGGCACGUGGAUCCAGGUGGAAAGAACGCGAGAGCAACAAACGCUGGAUCUUCACAUGGGUGUCCCUUGGGAAACAGUCACUUUAACAGCUUUUGGCAGAGAUAAAAAUUUGUAUUUCCAAAUUCUGGAGGAAGCUAGGCAAAUGGCCCUGUUGCAACACGAAGGAAAAAUCAUCAUGUACACAGCAAUGGGAGCAGAAUGGAGACAAUUUGGACACCCAAGAAGAAAGCGACCGAUUUCGUCCGUCGUUUUAGAUGUAGGAAUAGCCGAACGAAUCACAAAAGAUGUCCAAGAUUUCGUCAAUAAUCCUGGAUGGUACAGCGACAGGGGCAUCCCCUACCGUCGGGGCUACCUUCUUCAUGGCCCGCCUGGCUGUGGUAAAUCAUCGUUCAUUUCUGCCCUGGCAGGAGAGCUGGAAAUGGCAAUUUGUGUGAUGAAUUUAAGUGAGCGAGGCCUGAGUGACGAUAGGCUAGCUCAUUUGCUGGCAGUUGCCCCAGUGCAGAGCAUCCUGCUCCUCGAAGACGUGGAUGCUGCUUUUGGAAGCAGAGAAGAGUCAGCCCAAGCCAAGGCUGCUUUUGAAGGCUUGAAUCGAGUUACGUUCAGUGGACUGUUGAAUUGUCUAGAUGGAGUAGCGUCAACUGAAGCUAGGAUAUUGUUCAUGACAACGAAUUAUUUAGAAAGGCUGGACCCUGCCCUCAUUCGGCCUGGACGAGUGGACGUGAAGGAAUAUGUGGGCUACUGCUCUGAAACGCAAGUGCAAAAAAUUUUCUUGAACUUCUACCCUGGUGAAAAGAUGGACACUGCGUGCGAGUUCGCCAAAUCUGUCUUGCUUAAGAAAAAGCCAGUGAGUCCUGCAAUGUUGCAAGGCUUUUUCAUGUUUUACAAAAACAGCCCUGUUGAGGCUGUGCAAAGUGUCGACAAAAUCUGGGAAUUGCAGUAGGUAUGUUAAUAAUAAAGGCUGUGUUUACUGCAUAGUAUUUAUCAAUAAAUUGGUAUAAACCUGAAACUAAUACAUCAGUAAGAAUAAA